AUGAAAUUCUCUCUUGCCAUUGCUGGCGCGUCCCUCGCCGGCAGCGCCCUGGCGGCCAAGUUGCCCGAGGUCGUUACAAAGGGCAACAAAUUCUUCAACUCCGACAGCGGUGACGAGUUCUUCAUUCGUGGUGUUGCCUACCAACAGGAGUACGCCUCCAACGGCUCAACCACAAGCAACUCACACUACACUGACCCCAUCUCCGAUGACUCGAACUGCGAGCGCGAUAUCCCCUACCUGAAGAAACUGAACACCAAUGUCAUCCGAACCUAUGCGGUGGACCCUUCUAAGAGCCACGACCGUUGCAUGGGUCUGCUGGCAGACGCCGGCAUCUACCUGAUCACUGAUCUUUCCUCUCCCGGCGACUCGAUCAACCGGGCCGACCCCAGCUGGAAUGUUGACCUUUACAACCGCUACACCAGUGUGGUUGACGCCUUUGCCAACUACACUAAUGUUAUCGGCUUCUUCGCUGGCAAUGAGGUCGCAAACAACAAAACCACCACCAACUCGAUCGCGUUCGUCAAGGCAGCCGUGCGUGAUAUGAAGGCUUACAUCAAGAACAACCACCGUGAAUCUCUGGCUGUUGGUUACGCCACCGAUGACAAUGCCGAUCUCCGUGAAGACAUGAAGGACUACCUGAUCUGUGGUGAUGAGCAGAGCCGUAUUGACAUGUUCGGAUACAACAUCUACGAAUGGUGUGGUGACUCGAGCUUCCAGAAGUCCGGAUACAAAGCACGCACUGAGGAAUUCUCCGACUACCCUGUUCCUGCUUUCUUCUCCGAAUAUGGCUGCAUCGACCCUAAGCCCCGCAAGUUCAGCGAUGUGCCCACCUUGUUCGGCCCUCAGAUGAACGACGUGUGGAGCGGUGGUAUUGUGUACAUGUACUUCCAGGAGGUCAACGACUAUGGUCUGGUCAGCGUUGACGGCGACAAGGUCAAGACCAAGGAUGACUUCUCUUACCUCUCUUCUCAGAUGCAGAAGGUUACCGCUACCGGUGUCAAGAGCGGUUCCUACACCCCUAAGAACACUGCCGUCCCCAAGUGCCCCGCUACCGACAAGGACUGGGAGGCCAGCUCCAAGCUUCCUCCUUCCCCUAACGCCAACCUUUGCUCAUGCAUGGAGAAGACUCUGACCUGCAAGGUGAAGGAUGAUGUCGAGGAGAAGGAGUUUGGUGAGAUCUUUGGCUACAUUUGCGGUCUUGAGAAGGGCAAGUACUGCGCUGGUCAACAGGCCGACGCCAUCAAGGGCAAGUACGGAGCCUACAGCGUCUGCAGCACCAAGCAGCAGCUUUCCUUCGUUAUGAGCCAGUACUACAACUCGCAGAACAGCGACGAUGCUUGCGACUUUGAUGGCCGCGCUGAAACCGUGGAUUCAUCCAAGGCCAGCGGCAACUGCAAGGACUUGCUUGACCAGGCCGGCAACGAUGGUACUGGCGAUGUCGACACCCCCGAGGGCGGUGUUGGAGGCGACGCUGGCGAUGGCUCUUCUUCGUCCAGUGAGACCUCUGACGGCGCUGCCGGAUUUGGCCCCAGGCCGUCGGCUGUGUAUGUUGGUAACUGGCAAUUGGGUGCCUACAUCAUGACCAGCGUUGUUGCUGGACUUGGUAUGAUUCUGCUCUAG